AUGGACAGUCACCAGAGCGUUCCUCAAGCUCCACAACCUCAAGACGUCAGACCAACUCCUGACCAAGCUCAAGUGGUCACGCCUACAAUUGGAACUUGUGAUGUUCCUCACUAUGAUGGGCUUAGUUAUGGAAUCCAUCCACCUCCCAUUGAAGCCCACGCCUAUGAGAUCAAGCCAAGCUUGAUAAGGUUAAUUCAAAGCUCUAAGUUCUUGGGAAAUGGAUUGGAGAAUCCUUAUGAUCACUUGGACUACUUUGAGAGGUUGUGUGGCACAUUUAGGCGUGCUGGUGUUCCUGAAGACAGUAUCAAGCUCCUUUUGUUUCCAUUUUCACUUGGAGAAAAGGCAAGCAAAUGGGAAAGAGCUAUACAAUCUCAUUUGGUCAAGUCUUGGGAUGAUUGCAAGAGGAUCUUUCUUUUAAAGUUUUAUCCCACCCAAAGAACCCACCAAAUGAGGAGAAACAUCUUAAGCUUCCAACAGGACAGCCAUGAGACCUUUCAUGAGGCAUGGGAAAGGUUGAGAGGAUACACUAGGGAUUGUCCACAUCAUGGGUUUACAAGAGAAGCUAUACUUAGCCAUUUCUAUUGGGGAGUUGCUAAGGAGCAGAAAUGGACAUUGGAUGUAGCUAGCCAAGGGAGUUUUCUAAACCUGACCAUAGAGCAAGGAGAGCUACUGGUUGAGAACUUAGCCAAGAGUGAGGAGAGCUACAGUGAAAGCCAUGAUGUAACCCCCAAAGAAAGUUCAUAUGAAGACUCCACAUGGACAGCUUUGCAAGAUAAGUUGGAUAGACUAGAAAAGCUCCUAAGUGUGCAAAAUAGAGGAGUUUGUUUGGAUCUUGAGCAGCGCCAGAGGAAGCCAAUUUCAUGGUCAAGAAUGGGAUCUCCAACCAAGAGAGUUAAUGAGGAAAAGACACCAUUUGGUUUUGAUGGACAACUUGGUGAACCCCAGCAUGAAGAAGAGGCUAAGGACGUGGGCACAGCUCAAGACUAUGGUUUGGAAUCCAUCCAGUGGGCUGAUGAGGAAGAAAAUGUUCUUGAGGAAGAAAGUGUGCUUGAGGAGACCCAAGAGGAUGCAUUGGCUCUCAAUGGAAAAUGUCUAAGCUCUUUCUUCCUUCCCUCAUUAGAGACUAAGGAGAUUGAAGCUUUAGCAUUGGAUGGAGCUUGUUUGAAAAUUCUUUUCUCUACCACAUUGGUGAAGGAGGUUCAGAAUAUCAAGGACAAACAGAAGGUCAAAAAGAAAGAGUCUAAGAAGCCAUAUGGAUACCACUUGACCAGCCAUGCUCCAUCUUCUCACACUAUGAGCUUACACCCUUUGAGACACAUAAAUGGAACCAUUGAGUACAAGGUGAAGUGCAAGGGUACUUCUAAGCCAUUUUCACGUGUUAAAGCCAUUCUCCAUCCCAAGAUGCUGGAAAAAGACCAUGGCAAGCUUGAAGAGCUACUCUCCACAAUCCUCUUGGUCAACCUCACAAAGAGCACAAGUCUGGAUUCCUCAACUCAUCUUGCCAUCAGCAGCUCAACAAGGAGUUCUGCUACUCCUUCUCUCCAGCUCCCUAAGGACAAAGGCUAG